GUCUUGAUGGUGUACUUUUUUCCGAUUGACCUCUCCAGUUGACAGACGAUUCAAUUUUGCCAUAGAGCUCAUGUCAAAGGAUAAUAAUGGCGCAGCAAAGCAGAUCGAUAUAGGAACACCUUACAACGCCAAGCAUAUUACACACGUGGGGUUUGAUGCAAAAAGUGGGCAGUUUACUGGUCUCCCUCCAGAUUGGCAAAUAUUACUAAAAUACAGCGGUAUAACGGAAACGGAGCAGAUGAAGCAUCCGCAGGUAAGUUCCAGGGGUGGAGGUAGGAGCUUUUAUAAUUUGAGUUUGCGCAUCAUAUCUGACCUAUGGUCUUCAGGCUGUCAUUGAUGUUAUCGGCUUUUACAAAGACUCUCAGCAACAUCAUGAAGCUAUAUGGAAUAAAUUAACCCACGCACAAACCGGCUCAACGUCUCAGCGACGUCCAAGUGUACAACAGUCACCGUCUACUUUUUCUAUUGCUAGCACAAGCACCAACUACCCCGAAAAGAGAUUUGAAAGCCCUCGACCACCACCUACUCCACCCACCAAUUCUGUUCAUUCCCUAAGAAAGCAACAAGCGCAUGAUGAUAGUCGUUCUGAACGCACCUCUCAUGAAGCCCCUAGAAAGCCUAUAGACAAGGUAAGACUUCAUGACCCGUGGAAAUUUAAUAUUCUUCAACAUUGCCAUACUUAUAUUGAUAUAUGCAUCUGCAAAUAUGCACACGAUAAAUAGAUGGCUUCUAUAAGUUCAUUACCUCCAAC